GGCGCGGCGCGACGCGUGGCUGCGAUGGCGGCCGCCGGGCGGGGCGCGCAGUGACAGAUGUAUUUGAAGAGGCCGGCGGGCGGCCUGGCCUUCUGCCUCUUCCACCUGGCCUCCUACUUCACCAACAAGUAUGUCCUGUCUGUCCUGAAAUUCACCUACCCUACCCUUUUUCAAGGGUGGCAGACAUUAGUGGGUGGACUUCUGCUUCAUGUCUCCUGGAAGCUGGGCUGGGUGGAGAUAAACUUGAGUUCAAGAUCUGAAAUCCUGUCAUGGCUUCCUGCUUCAGUACUGUUUGUUGGCAUUAUUUAUGCUGGCUCCAGGGCACUGUCUAGAUUGCCAAUCCCAGUGUUCCUCACCAUGCACAAUGCAGCAGAAGUUAUAACCUGUGGGUUCCAGAAGUUUGUGCAGAAAGAGCAGGCCUCUCAUCUGAAAGUCUGUAGUGUGCUGUUCCUCCUGGUAGCAGCAGUGUGCCUUCCUUUAUGUGACACACAGUUUGAUCCAAAUGGUUAUUUAUGGGCUCUAAUUCACUUGGUCUGUGUUGGGGCUUACAAAGUAUUUAACAGGUUAUGGACACCUAACUCUUUAAGUGAUCUGGACCAACAGUACAUCAACUAUGUAUUCAGUGUGGUGCUAUUGGCCUCUGCAUCCCAUCCAGCAGGUGAUCUCUUCAGUGCCUUGGACUUUCCAUUCCUGUACUUCUACAGGUUUCAUAGCAGCUGCUGUGCCAGUGGACUGUUGGGAUUCUUUCUGAUGUUGCACACAGUGAAGCUAAAAACCAGCAUGACCUCAGGGCAAUAUACAGCGUGGAAUUUCCUUGCAAAGGUGAUCACCGCUAGCUUAUCACCAUUCUUCUUUGUCAUGACUGCCAAUGUACUAACAAUUUCUUGCCUUGUGAUCAGCGGAGUUGGAGGCUUGCUUGUUUACACAGAAAGGACAGGCACAUAAAGAGGAACCAGAUCUCAGCAGCUGGAAAAGAGCUGACUUGCAGCCUAGAGACCCUGUCAUGAAUAAAAUGUGGCAGCAGGAAUG